GUUGUUGCACUGCUCAAGCUGCUACCUGGUGUCCUCUCGGUAGAGGAGGACUUCACGAUGUACACGUUGGCCACACAGACCGAUGCGCCUUGGGGUCUGCAGCGUAUCUCUUCACAGAGUCGAGUCGCAUCCACCACAGGCACAGCCAAUGAACAACGCCCUGCGUAUACCUACAACUACAACGAGAACUAUGCAGGUCAAGGCGUCGACGUCUAUGUUGUCGAUACUGGCAUCCGUUGUACACACUCAGCGUUCGAGGGACGUGCUCUGUGCCCAUCAGAUGGCAACUUCAACGAUGGCGGCGUAAACACGGACGACAAUGGUCACGGCACGCAUUGUGCUGGUACUGUCGGUUCUUCUCUUUACGGUGUCUCAAAGAAGGUCAGCCUCAUCGCCGUCAAGGUCCUCGGUGCGGAUGGUUCGGGCGCGACCAGUAACAUCAUCGCUGGUAUCCAGUACGCAGUCAAUCGCAGCAAGGCAACAGGCAGGAAGUCUGUCAUCACCAUGUCUCUUGGUGGCAGUGCUUCGACAGCUCUCGACUCUGCUGUCAAGUCUGCAACCGCAAAUGGAGUGCACGUCGCCGUUGCUGCUGGCAAUGAGAACCAGGAUGCCAACAAUGUUAGUCCUGCUCGCGCUGGUCUCAACUCUGCUGUUGUCUGUGUUGGUGCUCACGACAUUACUGAUGCUCGCGCCUAUUUCAGUAACUAUGGGUCACCUGUCACUGUCUUCGGGCCUGGUGUCAAUGUGCUGAGUACUUGGAUCCGCAGUGAUACUGACACCAAUGUCAUCAGCGGUACCUCAAUGGCAACACCUCACACUGCCGGUGUUCUGGCCUACUUCUUGUCCGACCCCACCUACAACGCUUACACCCCUGCACAAUUGAAGCAAUAUCUCGUCAGCAAGUCGCAGAAAGGUGUCAUU